AUGUCCAUUUCUCUGCUCAACGACCGACUCUACUUAAUUUCUCCGCCCAAGUUCUGCAAAACGUCCGUUAAACCCUUCUUAUCAUCCUCCCCGCAACCUCUUUUCUUCACAUUCCCCUUCCCUAUUCCAUUCUCCGGCCAUUCUGUAUUGCCCCCAAAACCCCUCCUGUGCCGAGCUUCCUCUGCCGCCGAUGCAGAAACUCUACCGAAAUCCGCAAUUAAGAGAAUCGCCGAAAAGCUCCGCAGCCUUGGCUACGUCGAAGAUGAUAGAGAUAAAGGCAAGUCACCACCAGAGACUAGCAACAGUGAGAACAAUAACCCCGGCUACUCCCCGGGGGAAAUAUUCGUUCCGUUGCCAACCCAAUUACCUAAGUACAGGGUCGGGCACACACUUGACCCGAGCUGGAGCACCCCCGAUAACCCCGUACCUUUGCCCGGUUCAGGAAAGGCGAUUCAAAAGUAUCACCAGUUGAGGCUAGGGGCAAUGAAGGAGAAGAUUGAAGAGAGAGCUCAGAAGAAUAAAAAGGAGAAUGUGCCCACUUUGGCGGAGCUUACAUUGCCAAAGAAAGAGCUAAGGAGGUUGACGACACUUGGGAUUGCUUUGGAGAAGAAGUUGAAGGUUGGAAAAGCUGGAAUCACUGAAGGAAUCGUUAAUGGGAUUCACGAGCGGUGGAGGCGAAAUGAGGUUGUUAGAAUCAAAUGCGAGGAUAUUUGUAGAAUGAACAUGAAGAGGACUCAUGAGUUAUUAGAGAGGAAGACGGGAGGUUUAGUUGUCUGGAGAUCAGGAAGUAAUAUAGUGUUGUACAGAGGAGCUGAUUACAAAUACCCUUACUUUACUUGUUCUGAUGAUAAAUCCAUUGAUGGCUCUGCCAAUGAAGCAUCUUCUGUGGAAGGGAGAGAGGAUUCUACAUUUGAUGGCGAUGCCCAGAAAUCCCCAGUCCCUAAGUUAUUGAAUAAUGGGUCACAUCCACCUCUUGUUCGAGGCGUAGGCUCCCCUGAUAAAGUGCGAUUCCAAACUCCCGGUGAGGCAAAGCUUGCUGAAGAAGCUGAUCGUCUGUUGGAAGGACUUGGUCCUCGCUUCGCGGAUUGGUGGGGUUAUGAGCCUUUGCCUGUUGAUGCUGAUCUUUUACCAGCAGUAGUUCCUGGGUAUAAGAAGCUUUUUCGGCUGCUUCCUUAUGGUGUAAAGCCCAUCCUAACAAAUGAUGAAAUGACUAUCUUGAAGAGACUUGGUCGUCCUUUACCUUGCCACUUUGCUCUUGGCCGAAACAGAAAUCUUCAGGGUUUAGCUGUUGCCAUUUCUAAACUAUGGGAGAAAUGUGAAAUUGCAAAAAUUGCUAUUAAGAGGGGAGUCCAGAACACCAACAGCGAACUGAUGGCUGAAGAACUAAAGCAACUGACUGGGGGGACCUUGCUUUCAAGGGAUAGGGAAUUCAUUGUCCUCUAUAGAGGAAAGGAUUUUUUGCCAGCCGCUGUCUCUUCAGCAAUAGAAGAGAGAAGAAAGAUUCUUCUUGAUAGUGCUCGACACAGGGAGGCUGCAAGCUCGUGGAACAUGAGAUCAAAUGACAAUACACAGUCGACGUCAGAACCUGAUGGUGUAUAUGAACGUAAUAAUGAAGAAGAAGAGAAAUUACAAAGUGUCCCAAAGCCCCAUCAAAACUCAACUGAAGCAGCAUUUAGGGAAACUAGUGCCAAAUUAACUAAGGCCCUUGCCAAGAAAGCCACAGCAGAGAAGCUUCUGGCUGAUCUGGAGAAGGAAGAAACCCUUCAAGAGACUGAAGUGGAUAAAGAAGGUGUUACUGAAGAAGAACGGUUUAUGCUGCGGAAAAUUGGGUUAAGAAUGAAGCCAUUUUUACUGCUGGGUAGAAGAGGAGUCUUUGAUGGUACAGUUGAAAACAUGCAUCUUCACUGGAAAUACAGAGAACUAGUGAAGAUUAUAACUGGGGGGAAAAGCAUUGAGGAGAUCCAUGGGAUCGCACGGACCCUAGAGGCAGAAAGUGGUGGAAUCUUAAUAGCAGUUGAACGAGUCAGUAAAGGUUAUGCGAUCAUUAUUUACCGAGGAAAAAAUUACGUACGACCUGAAUGUUUGAGGCCUCGAUCUCUCCUUAGCAAAAGAGAAGCAUUGAAGCGCUCUGUAGAGGCGCAGCGGCGUCAGCGUGUAUAUAAUACCUCUUCCCUUUAUUCUGUUCUGCAGUCUCUCAAACUACAUGUAUUGAAGCUUUCAGAGAACAUAGACCAUUUGAAAUGUAAAUUGGCCAAAGAUAAAGAUGCACAAAAGACGAUAUUGAGCGAAGAACUGAGAUCGGAAUUGAACCAGGAGGUGACAAAACUGCAUUCAUCUGAGAAUGAAAUGGCCGUUGGUAAUCCUGAGGUCUGUUUGUCAAGACAACCUUCCAGUCAACAGGAUAAAGAUGAGGAAAGAACAAACUGGCAGUCAGCUAAGAAUGAAACAACCAUUGCUAAUCCUGAAGACUGUUUGUCAUCAAACCCUUGCAAUCAACAGAUGCUUGGUGAGACAAAUACUUCCACAAUCAGCAGUGCUGGAGAUAGACCUGAUGACCCAUUAUCGCUCAUGUCGGAUGCUACUUCCCCAAAAGUUAACUCGGAUGCGUUGGUUCAAGUAGCUACAAAGGGUGACAGUGCGACAAUCCCAUUCAGAGCCAAAAGUCUUUCCAAUAAAGAGAGGCUACUUUUGCGGAAACAAGCCCUCAUGCAGAAAAAACGUCCCCUGUUUGCCAUAGGGAAAAGCAACAAAUUAUCGGGACUAGCUGAAGCCAUCAGGGGCCACUUUCGAAAGCAUCCUCUGGCUGUAGUAAAUUUGAAAGGCAGAGCAAAAGGAACUUCUGUCCAGGAAGUGGUUUUCAAGCUGGAGCAAGCUACUGGUGCGGUAUUGGUGUCUCGAGAGCCAAGCAAAGUCAUACUGUACAGAGGUUGGGGGGCAGAUGAAGAACCUUUCAGGGGUAAUCAGAAUCCCUCGACAUCCCUUAAAUCCCCAGGUGUCGUAGAAGGAAGGACUUCAAAUUCAGUUUCUCAGGAACUGCUAGCCGCCAUCAGACUCGAAUGCGGAUUACCGUCCUAG